GAGCCCACAAAGCAGGUUAAAAAAAAAAAAAUGCUGUUACUAUAUGGGUCGCUGCAGUUGCUCCGAAGAUGAGAGCCGAAGACUCGAGUCGGGUGUGAAGAGUGAAGGAAAAUUCGUAGACAUUUCGCAGAAACUUCGGAGAUUCUCAAGCUCUCGAGCCUUUUCUGGGUUUCAAUUUCCCGCUUUUCCAGUUUUCCUUUUCGUUUUCUCGUCCGUGGGAAUUUUGCGGGAAAAUUUUGUCAACCCUGCUGUGAAUCUCCGAUUAUUUUCCUCCAGAUUAGGCGAGAAGAUCGUCACGGAGUCACUGGUGGUUGGGGUUUAUUGAUACUGUGCUGUGUUUCGAAGUUUUGAAUCUGGGAGUUGGGCAUCUGCUGGGUGCUGACUGCUGCGAGAAUCGAGGAAAAGUAAAAGAGAAAACAACCAAACGGAAGGGUUGAUUACUUCGAAGGUAGGGUUUGUUUGGAAGCAAAGAAAAUGCAAACACGGUAUAUGGGGAGAUCGAACAGUAUGGCUAGGGAAAAACGAGGUUUGGAUCCAAGUGUGGCUGAGGAAGGUCAGCCCGAGAGGAAACGGCCGGCUCUUGCUAGUGUAAUUGUUGAAGCUCUCAAGGUGGACAGUCUGCAAAAACUUUGCUCAUCAUUGGAGCCUAUUCUCCGGAGAGUUGUCAGUGAAGAAGUGGAGCGUGCUUUGGCAAAGCUAGGCCCUGCUAAGCUUAGUGGGAGGUCUUCUCCAAAACGAUUGGAAGGGCCUGAUGGAAGAAUGUUACAGCUGCACUUCAGGUCCAGACUGUCGCUUCCUCUCUUUACUGGUGGAAAAGUAGAGGGGGAGCAAGGUGCUGCAAUCCAUAUUGUCUUGCUUGAUGCAGCCAUAGGUCAUGUUGUAACUUCAGGUCUGGAGUCAUCAGUAAAAUUAGAUGUUGUUGUGCUUGAAGGAGAUUUCAAUAAUGAAGAUGAUGAGGACUGGACUGAAGAAGAAUUUGAGAGUCAUGUGGUUAAAGAACGUGAAGGAAAAAGGCCGCUGUUAACUGGGGAUCUACAAGUGACUUUGAAGGAAGGUGUAGGAACACUGGGGGAGCUGACAUUCACUGACAACUCCAGUUGGAUAAGGAGCAGGAAAUUCAGGCUGGGGCUGAAGGUCGCCUCUGGCUAUUGUGAGGGGAUUCGUAUACGUGAAGCAAAAACAGAGGCCUUUACUGUUAAGGAUCACAGAGGGGAAUUAUACAAGAAGCACUAUCCACCUGCAUUACACGAUGAAGUUUGGAGAUUGGAGAAGAUUGGCAAAGAUGGGUCGUUUCACAAGAGGCUGAACAAAGCUGGAAUUCGUACAGUUGAAGACUUCCUACGACUUGUGGUUAGAGACUCACAGAGACUGCGGAAUAUUCUUGGAAGCGGCAUGUCGAAUAAAAUGUGGGAUGCCCUUGUGGAGCAUGCAAAGACUUGUGUAUUAAGUGGGAAACUUUAUGUUUAUUAUCCUGAUGAUGAGAGGAAUGUUGGUGUUGUUUUUAACAAUAUCUAUGAGUUCAGUGGCUUAAUAGCAGGCGGACAAUAUUGCUCAGCCGAUUCUCUUUCUGACACUCAGAAGGUUUAUGUUGAUAGCUUAGUGAAGAAGGCAUAUGAUAAUUGGUUGCAAGUUAUAGAGUAUGAUGGCAAGUCUCUUUUAAGCUUUAAGCAGAAUAAGAGAUCCGGAACGUCUCAUGCUGAAGUUUCAUUGGGCCCACAAGAUUAUUCCAACACCUUUGACCAUCAGCUUUCUUUGCCCAGCAUGCCAGUUUCGCUCCCUUCAGUGCAGCCUUCUAUGGAAACUGGCAUAACAGCCGGAGGGCAUGAUGAAAGUAUGGCUACCAGAUAUUCUAUGCAAUCACAAAAUGCGAAUCACAAUGCUCCCAUUCAGUUUGAUGGUACCUCAUUCCCUCUGCAAAACCAGUUGAUCAACACGGAGCACCAAGCCCAGCUUUCAGGAAGUGAAAAUGCUUUGGCCCUUGGUCCAUCACAGUUAUCUGCACCGGGAUUCCAGGCUGUUGGACCGUCUAAUUUUGCUUCUUACAGGGGAGUUGAGGACUUGUUCCCAGAGGAAGAGAUACGAUUGAGAAGUCAUGAGAUGCUUGAAAAUGAAGAUAUGCAGAAUCUGCUUCGCUUCUUUAAUGUGGGCCAUGGUCAUACCUCCAUUAAUGUUACUGAAGAUGGAUUACCCUAUUCAUCAUCAGCUUACAUGCCCGCCCCAACUCCUAACUACAGCUUUGACGAGGAUCGAACUCGUUCAUCUGGAAAAGCUGUAGUUGGUUGGCUGAAGCUUAAAGCAGCCUUGAGGUGGGGCAUUUUUAUCAGGAAGCAGGCUGCUGAGAGACGGGCACAACUUGUUGAACUGGAUGAUUCGUAAAUUGAGAAAAGAAACUGGUCCAGUAUUUGUAUUUGGAAGGCUUCUGUCUGAUGCUUUCUUGCAUGCACAACUCCUAUCCUGCUGAAGAUUUCAACAUGACCAGAACAGAUUUCAACAUUCGAUCUUUGAACUGCUGUUAGAUCCCUAACCAAACAUCAGUUUGUACAGCACGUAUCUGCAGGGUAAGUUACUAUCUUUUGCCAAUGGCUUUACCAGAAUUAUGUUAUCCACAAGCAUGAUACUCUCAUUGGCUUGUUCACCGGCAAAUUUUGAUUGGUGAAUGGGCUUGAGCUGUUGUGAUUGUGGAAGUCACCCAAUGUUGGAAGCAUCAGUGUUUAGGAAAUAGAAUUAUUGUGAAAACUUAGUAGGGCUCUCUUUCCCUUUUCCCCCCUUUCUGUGAUUUAGUAGUGGUCAUUGUGAAAUUAAUCGUACUCGAUAUCUCGCACAGGGCCUAAUAUGUCAUAUCGUAUUGUGCCGCUGUUGUAAUGUGUUUGGGUAUUUAUUGUUUGUUGUCCAUAUUGAAACCAGAAACCCAUGUCUUCUGCUACGUUUUGGGGUGUAUCAUGAAUAAUUUUUGAUAAAUUGUAGUGUUGAUGUUCAUACUC